AUGAAGCACGUCAGCCACAAACGCAGAACACUUCUUGAUGUUUGUGUGCGUGUCAUCCCUGUAGUGUGCUGCAGCUGCAGGACAGAUCUGAACAGCAUAGAUUUGACGCCUGUGCUGGACACACCUGUGGCUUCAAGAAAGAAGGACACAUAUGUCCAUUUCAACGUGGACAUUGAGCUCCAGAAGCAUGUGGAGAAGCUGACCAAAGGUGCAGCCAUCUUUUUUGAAUUCAAGCACUACAAGCCCAAAAAGAGGUUCACCAGCACCAAGUGCUUCGCCCUCAUGGAGAUGGACGAGAUCAAACCCAGGCCGAUUGUGAUUGAACUCAACAAGAAAUCCACUGACUUUAAAAGAAAAAAAUUACAGUUAUUGACCAAGAAACCACUUUAUCUUCACCUGCAUCAAACUUUGCACAAGGACCUAUCCUCACCUGAGUACCCUGGAACUCCUGUGAAUCUUACCAGCCAGUAGCACACGCCACAGCGCUGUAGGAUCUUCCCUCUCUUGGGCAGGCAGUGGGCUGUGCCCACCCAGCAGACCAGUGAGUAUCUGGCAUGGCUGCAAUUUGGAACCGAGUCUGGCAUGUUGCAGAGCAAGUCCCCUUUGGGCCUAGGCUUACUGUAGGUGCCGGACCAUGCUCUUCUCUGUUAAUUGUGUGAUCCAUAGUCUGUUUUAUAAUUUGCCUCGGAUUCUACCUGGCUUCCCAGAACAGUGCAGCUGUGGGAGGCGUGCUCAUCUUCAGACCCCACACAGCAACAAGAAAGUGCUUGAGUUUACACACCUGUUCCCUGGGGCCAGGCUGUGUGGAGAGCCCCCCCCUCAAGUGGAACGGGCUGCUGGACUUCCGGCUCUGAUGUCCUGUGUGGAAUAGUGUACCUUGCUUGCCCAGAUCAGUGUCUCCAAGUGGUGGCUGUGAUUUCUUUUCCCAGAGAACCAGAUUAUUUUUCUGAAAGUAACAUAUUUUAAUCGUGUUGAUCACCUGUUUUACAUCACAUUGUUAUUUUUUCUGAUGAUUUUAGAGUUAACAUUGGAAGCAUCCCAGAAUAAACACACCUUUUUAGAUGGGUUUACAGUGUCUUAAGUCGUAUCAUCUGAAAAUAACUGUGUCCAGUACAAAUGAGAUACUGCAGGAAUAAACGCUGUUUAUCUGACAAGUGAUUGUGAAACUUCAAACCUGCAUACCUUUUCUUAGUGAUGAGUAUGGAAAAUCAGCAGACGUUUUAAUUUUUUUUUAAUAUCAAUAGCUAGGAUUGCCAUUGAUUUCCUGUUUAGAUAUACUGGCAUUUAUCCAUACGAAAAUGCGUAGGUCAGCAGUGUUUUACAGUUUUGACAGUUUACAUUACUUUUAAGAGGCAUGAAUGAAAUUUUCAUAGCACACAUGAGGUAAAUACUAGACACACAACAUUGAAAUUUUGAUAUACACUAUUUUAAACCCAUGGUGUGUAAGGGUGCAGUGCUGGUUCCUGCCUGUUUUAUGGUGGUGUCAGGGCCCUGGUCACACUGUUCAGUGUGUUUGCCUCCGACUGAGGUGACCGUGGCCCAUGUGCCUCAGAGCUCUGCUAUAUUCUGGUGUCCGUGAGGCCCCUCUGCUCACUGGGUGGGUGCUGACCAAAUGGAGGGCCUGACAGAAUGCUUAGCCUGCUUCAGCCUUGCCUUUCAUCCUGCCUGGAUAAAAGACAACCAUAACAGUGAUUCAGUCCACAGUACCCCCAGGGCAUGAACAACUGGCCUUAAUAAGUUGAAUUUUUCCACUCAGUUCUUAAACUCUCAGGUGUCCGAUCCCCAGGCUGUGGGCUCCUCAGGGUGGGGCGAGAGCCAUACCUGUUGUCUCCACACGCCCUCUAAGCAGCGUGGUGCAGUCUCUGCCCUGUGGGGUCUUUGAGCAGAGCACAUUUUUGAGCCAAACAAUUCAGAAGACUCAUUUUCCUCUCUAAAAAUUGCCUCUUAAACUGGAGUGAACUUUCAACUGAAAUGUGCAAUAACGAUCCCUAUAUUUUAGUUAAUAUAGCAUAGAUAAGUAUAAAAUGAUUCACAAUGUCAUGUAAGAAAUGUAUUUCCAUGCCCGCCAGCUGAAUAGAGUAGUGGUAUUUAUAAACUUUACCCCUCCUGCCCCAUCCUGGUUGAAAAGACUGUUACUUAAAGAUAUUUAUUCAAAGAUCACCCCUUAUC